AUUACAACAGCUAUAAUUUUUCCCAGCCUCGUCAUUUCUGUAAGUCUUGUCGCCGUUACUGGACCCACGGCGGCACCCUUCGUGACAUUCCGGUUGGUGGUGGCACUCGGAAAAAUGCUAAAAGAUCACGCACCACUUCUAGUGGUUGUACUGUAGUAGGUCCUAUGACGGCCAACACAGGUGACCAUAACCUUCCAUUACCGGCUACACCAGUACUGGUCCCACUUAUGGCCAAUCAAGCAACUUCUAUACAGUUUGGCUGCGGUGGCGGUGAUGGGAAGGGUAAUGUGUGUGGUUCUAGUGGUAAUUCUACAGUAUCUGGUAGCUUUACUUCUUUGUUGAAUACUCAGGGUCCUGGAUUUCUAGCAUUGAGUGGGUUUGGGCUUGGACUUGGAUCUGGGUUUGAAGAUAUGGGCUUUGGGCUUGCAAGAGGAGUCUGGCCUUUUCCCGGUGUAGGAGAUGGUGGUGCUGGCGGUGUUGGUAGCAAUGGCGGUUCUGCUGGAGGAAUGAGUAACACGUGGCAAUUUGAGAGUGGUGAUAAUGGAUUUGUAGGUGGGGAUUGCUUUUCUUGGCCAGAUCUUGCUAUUUCAACUCCAGGAAAUGGUCUUAAAUGAGAUAUUGUUCUUUUAGUAGUUCUUGUUUUUUCUCUGAUGGGUUUAGACCCAAUUCUAGGAAAAAAAAAAAAA